AUGGUUCAAUGGGCUAUAGAGCUAUCUGAGUUUGACCUCAGGUAUGAGACUCGGACAGCAAUUAAAGCUCAAUGCCUCACCGACUUCGUAGCAGAAUAUGCAAGAGAACCAGAAGAUGUCUCCACAGCAUGGGAGCUAUACGUGGAUGGUUCUUCAAACAAAAUCAGAAGCGGUGCAGGCAUAAUACUAGUCAACCAAGAGGGAACCCAAAUAGAGGUCUCCCUUAAAUUUGAAUUCCCGGUUUCCAACAAUCAAGCAGAAUAUGAAGCCUUGAUUGCCGGGUUGAAGCUAGCAGAAGAAGUCGGUGCAUCCAAAGUAGUGGUCUUCAGCGACUCUCAGGUGGUGACCUCUCAAAUCAACAGAGAGUAA